AUGGCGAGCUCGAAAGUCUUAUCGGCCAUAGAAAAGGCAACAAGAAACGCAAUCAAGACUCUCACUUUCGGGUUUGCAACAUCGGUGCUCAUGAAGCUGGAAUUCCCGAAAGUGAGAGUCUUGAUUGCGUUUCUUGUUGCCUUUUCUAUGGCCGAUAAGACUUUGGAGCUCGCCAUGAAGAUUAAGCGCUAUUACAAACUGGUUGAGUUUUUGUUUAAGAAGAUUCAGAGAUGUAUAUUGAAAUAA